GCGACCCUCAGCCACGCACGCGCGCCCGCGCCGCGGGGCAAAAGAAGUUGGAUGAGUGUCCUGAAUUUACUACCCAGAGUUCCAGGAGGAAAUAGCCAGUGGUCUGACGAUCACCUGAAUCCCCUCCCUGUGGGGCCUAACCUGGACCCUCCUGUUCCCUGGAGAGUCACUCAUUUGCUCUUCUCCUGGAAUUAGACAGCACCAAGAGCUUUUCCUCCCUGACUCCUUACACGGCCUUGCUUGUCUGGAGAGUAGCUCUUGGCCAAGACCUGGCAGUGGAGAGCCAUGGACCAGUACAGCCUCGGGGAUGAGGGUGCCCUCCCUCCAGAGAUGCAUCUCCCUUCAUUUUCCGAGAGCCAGGGACUCAAUUGCAGUGACACCCUCAACCGGGAUCUGGGUCCCAGCACACGAGACCUGCUCUACGCUGGCCUGAGUGGUUUGGACCUGGACCCCAGCCUCCCAACGCCUGACUUGGCCAGCGAGGCACUGGAGGACAACUUAGACACACUGUCCCUGUACUCAGGGAAGGACAGUGACUCUGUGAAGCUGCUGGAGGAGUACGCAGACCCGGAAUCUCAGGCUUCCUUACAAGACCUGGGGCUCGGCACCCUCAAGGUGCCUAAGGAGGCUGACGAAGGAGGCAGGGCCACCUGUGGGAGCACCAGGAAAGGAAAGCGGCAGCAUGCUUCCUCCCAGAACCCGCUUCUGGACUGCAGCCUCUGUGGGAAGGUGUUCAGCAGCGCCAGCUCCCUUAGCAAGCACUACCUGACACACAGCCAGGAGAGGAAGCACGUCUGCAAGAUCUGCAACAAGGCCUUCAAGCGCCAGGACCACCUGACCGGGCACAUGCUCACCCAUCAGAAGACCAAGCCGUUCGUGUGCAUCGAACAGGGCUGCAGCAAGAGCUACUGUGACUACCGCUCCCUGCGCCGUCACUACGAGGUGCAGCAUGGCCUGUGCAUCCUCAAGGAGGCCCCCCCGGAAGAGGAGGCCUGCGGGGACUCCCCUCACGCUCCCGAGGCGGCCGGCCAGCCCGCGCCCACUGGCCCACGAUCCCUGGCGCCCCCGGAAGCCAGGUCCCCCAGCUCCCUCUUGCCCAACCGAGACCUCCUGCGCUGCAUCGUGAGCAGCAUCGUCCACCAGAAGAUUCCUUCCUCUGUCCCAGCGGCCGCAGGGCCUUCAGACGGUGGAGAGGGGAGGAACGCGGCCUGUCCCUGCGCACCCUCUUCCGGGCCCUCCCCCUGCACCCCGGCAAGCAUCCCGGCAGCCCCCGGAAACCUGGGCACGGACGUUCCCGAGGAGCCUCGUCCCGCAAGGAAGGAGCCUGCCGCUGCCAUGUUCACAGCCGUCCACUCGAGAGCUGUGGAGAACGGUGGCACCGACUCAGCGGAGUCCGAGCCCCUUGUGCUCCCGCUGCCGCCCACCCUGGAGGGCUGGCCUGAGGGUGGCCCCCUGCCUGCCUGCCUGCCUCUGUUCCGAGGCCAGACGGUCCCUGCCAGUUCCCAGCCAGCCAGCCACAACUUCCAGUGGCUCCGGAACCUGCCCAGCUGCCCCAAGAGCAAAGGGAACAACGUGUUCAUGGUCCACAAGGCCCCGUCAGUGCCGCCCUGGGAGGGCUGUGAGUCAGGCCCGGGGCCCAGCAGCACGUCCCCCGCAGGAGAUCCCUCGCCCAGCUCGGGCACCACCAGUCUGGAGGACACGUUGCCCUUCCCUGCCACGCUCCUGAAGGCACCUGGGGAGGCCUCCGGUGACUCCCGAUCUGCCGGUGGGGAAGACGACUCGUGGGUUUCCAAGAAAAGCAAGUUUGACUGCGACUCCUUCUCGUGGCAAAACCCAGGGGAGCCGGGCCUCCAGGAUGCCCAGAAGCCAAGCGGGCUCCCGUCGGAUGCCACGCCGCUCUUCCGGCAGCUCUUUCUGAAGUCCCAGGAGUCUCUGGUGAGCCACGAGCAGAUGCAGGUGUUCCAGAUGAUCACCAAGUCCCAGCGGAUCUUCUCCCAGCUCCCCGGGCCUGAGGGCAAGCAGGCCACCCUGAAGCCACUGCCAGGGCCCUGGCCACAGCAGCCCCCGCUGCCAGCACCCCCUGUCGACUCUCUCCAUGCUGGCCCUGGAAGCCCAGAGCCAGAGGGGUCCCCAGCCCGCAGGAGGAAAAUCACGCCCGCUUUCCCCCGGGAGGCCUCCCCAGCCAGCACCAGACGGAACUCAAAGGGAGGACCCAAAGUGGCCACCACUCCGCCGUCCCUCACGGCCUCAUUGUUGGACCCUCCUGGCAAUCCGGACAUCUCCUCUCUGGCCAAGCAGCUGAGAUCCACAAAAGGGACCUUGGACCUGGGGGACAUCUUCUCCCCCGGGGGCCCACGGCAGACCCAGUUAGGUGGGGAGGAGCCCCUCGGAGCCCAGCUCCCAGGGAAGCAGGCCCAGGCGGAGAAUGGCAUGGCAUUGGGGGCCACUAAAGGUGAAAAGAGCCAGGCCUGCGCCCGGGGCGGAGGCUACAGGCUCUUCUCAGGCAACCCCAGGUCCCAGCGCUUCUCGGGCUUCCGGAAGGAGAAGGUGAAAAUGGAUAUGGGCUGCACGGCCUCCCCGAGCCAGGUAGCCAUGGCCUCCUUCUCGUCGGCCGGGCCUCCAGCAGAGCCGCCCCAGGACUCCAAGUCCAAGCUGACCAUAUUCAACAGAAUCCAGGGUGGAAAUAUAUACCGGCUCCCCCAUCCGCUGAAGGAGGAGAACGUGGCAGGUGGAUGUAACCAGCAAAAUGGGGGCCCUGCAGACUGGGCAGAGCCAAGGAGCACUUAUGUCUGCAAGAAUUGCAGCCAGAUGUUUUAUACAGAGAAAGGGCUGAGCAGCCACAUGUGUUUCCACAGUGACCAGUGGCCGUCACCUCGAGGGAAGCAGGAGCAGCAGGUGUUUGGCACAGAGUUUUGCAAGCCAUUGAGACAGGUGCUGAGGCCAGAGGGGGACGGGCAGAGUCCCCCAGGAGCUAAGAAGUCCUUGGACAACACGGCUGCAGCCUCUUUGGGGAUCCCUGUGCCUGUAGUUCCAGGGAACCAACCCUCUGGGAGCACCGCCAAGGGACAAGAGAAAGACGGGGAAGAGAGAGACAGCAAGGAGAGCAGCCGGCAUAGGAAGCGGAAGAAGCGCCCCCAGCCCGAGGCAUCGUUCGCCCCUCCUCCACCCUCCUCAUUUGGGGAGCCGGGCCUGGGAGGAUGCCACCAGAGCUGUCUGCGGUCUCCAGUGUUCCUCGUGGACUGCCUCCUCAAGGGACUGUUCCAGGGCUCUCCUUAUACGCCGCCCCCUAUGCUCAGCCCCAUCCGGGAGGGCUCAGGGCUGUACUUCAACACCCUCUGUUCCACCUCUGCUCAUGCCGGUCCCGACAAACUCAUCAGCAACAUGCUUGAUCAAGUGGAUGGCUCUUUUGGCAUUUGCAUGGUAAAGGAUGACACCAAGAUCAGCAUUGAACCACACAUCAACAUAGGAAGCCGGUUUCAGGCUGAGAUCCCAGAGCUCCAGGAGAGAUCGCUGGCUGGAGUUGAUGAGCACGUAGCUUCUCUGGUUUGGAAGCCAUGGGGAGAUGUGACGACCAACCCAGAAACGCAGGACAGAGUGACUGAGCUCUGCAACGUGGCCUGCUCCAGCGUGAUGCCGGGAGGGGGCACCAACCUGGAGCUCGCUCUGCACUGCCUGCACGAAGCCCAGGGCAACGUUCAGAUUGCCCUGGAGACCCUCUUACUCCGAGGACCCCAGAAGCCGCAGACUCACCCACUGGCCGACUACCGCUAUACAGGUUCAGACAUCUGGACCCCCAUGGAGAAGAGGCUUUUUAAGAAGGCAUUCUGUGCCCACAAGAAGGACUUUUACAUGAUACAUAAGACGAUUCAGACAAAGACUGUAGCCCAGUGUGUUGAGUAUUAUUACAUCUGGAAAAAAAUGAUCAAGUUUGACUGUGGCCGAGCCCCAGGACUGGAAAAGAGGGUCAAGAGAGAACCAGAUGAGGCAGACAGGACAGAAGCAAAGGUCAUUUGCAGCCCUCGGGAGAGGCCCAGCCACCGUCCCACUCCUGAGUUCAAGAUAAAGACGAAGAGUUACAGGAGGGAGUCCAUUCUCAACUCCAGCCCAAAUGCCGGCCCCAAGCGGACCCCUGAGCCACCGGGGAGUGUGGAGGGCCAAGGCGUCUUUCCCUGCAGAGAGUGUGAGAGGGUGUUCGACAAAAUCAAGAGUCGAAAUGCCCACAUGAAGCGCCACCGGCUUCAGGACCAUGUGGAGCCCAUCGUCAGGGUGAAGUGGCCUGUGAAGCCCUUCCAGCUGAAGGAGGAAGAAGAGGAGGAGGAAGAGAUAGGGGCUGACAUCGGCCCCCUGCAGUGGUGAUUGGGGUGGGGUGGAGGGAACCGGGGCAAGCCAGUCUGGAUGGGGGCCUCCAGCCUCGUCACCUUUCCCCUUGGCCUCUCCAGCGGGUUUGGGGUACCCCUCUGCCUCCUCCCCACCCUUACGGUCCCUCACUUGCCAGCCUGGCGUGGAAACGUGGGCGUUUGGCCAUAAAUAGGCAGGAGAAGCCCCCAGUCGUUAGACCGCUGUUGGCUGGUGCCAGAGUCUCCAAUCUCCUUCGGUUUUAAUUAGUCUCUUCCUUUCUUUCAGUUCCACUCCUCUUAGAGCAGGGAGGCUUAGGUGGGGCGGGGGGGUUGGAACAAGGUAGAUCUGGGUAGCUCUUAAAUCUUUGCCUCAGUUUUGGGGUUUGGUUAACAUUUGUUAGAUAAGGCCAAGACGUAGAGAAUCAGUGGGAAGAUACUUUCAGAUCUCCAACAUGUUGGGGCCCCCUCACCAGGGGAGUCUCUCUGCAUUCCAGAUUCAGUCCCUAGUCUUGCAAUGACUUGUACAUUGUUAGGUUUUUUUUGUACGUGUCGACUUGUAAAUCUUAUUAAAUUGGGUUCUUGAGCAGCUGUC